CGCACCGCAACACUUCUCUCCAACAUACCAUUUACCUACCUACCUACCCAACAACAUCAGACCAACCCCCGCGCGCAAACGAGAAAAAGAAGCAACCCAAACAUGUCCGAGCAAGACCAAGACCCCACCCCCCAAGAGACGGCCAUCCGUGAAGCGGAAGAAAAAGCCCGCAAGGCGCAAGAAGACGCCGAGCAGGCCAAGCUGCCCUACAAAUGGACCCAGAGCAUCGGCGACCUGGACGUGACGGUCCCGGUGGCGGGGAACCUGCGCGGUCGCGACCUGGAUGUCGUGUUGACGAAGACAAAGAUUAGGGUGGCGGUUAAGGGGCAGGAGGCUGUUAUUGAGGGCGACUUCCCCCACCCCGUUAUCCCCGAUGAAUGCUCCUGGACGCUGGAGACGACGUCCGGCCCGCCUGGCAAGGAGGUGGUGGUGCAUCUGGACAAGAUGAACAAGGUGGAGUGGUGGCCGCAUGUGGUGACGAGCGCGCCGAAGAUCGAUGUCAGCAAGAUCACGCCCGAGUCGUCGAAGUUGAGCGAUUUGGAUGGCGAGACGCGCGCGAUGGUCGAGAAGAUGAUGUAUGAUCAGCGGCAGAAGGAGAUUGGCGGGAUGACGAGUGAUGAGCAGAAGAAGAGGGAUAUUUUGAAGAAGUUCCAGGCUGAACAUCCGGAGAUGGACUUUUCGAACGCGCAGAUUGGUUGAGCGAUGUAUAUAUAGGUUGCUGUGUGGAUUGGGUGUGUAUGAGUUAUGAACCUGUUUGUUUGUAGCAAUUGGGCAUGGCAUGUUCGGCUGCUGCCUUGCCUUGGCUGGGUACUUCGUACUUCGUAUACUUCAUGGAAUCAGCGAAUACGAGAUUGCCGUAUCGGGACUAGUCCGGCCCCGGGGGACUUCCGAUCUGGA